CCGCGCUCUCCCUCGCCUGCAGUGAGCCCGGCUCACCUCUGACUGUCCGGGGACAUGACUGGCACGCCUGGAGCUGCUACCACCGGGGAUGGCGAGGCCCCCGAGCGCUCCCCACCCUGCAGUCCGAACUACGAUCUCACGGGCAAGGUGAUGCUUCUGGGAGACUCGGGUGUCGGCAAAACCUGUUUCCUGAUCCAAUUCAAAGACGGGGCCUUCCUGUCCGGAACCUUCAUAGCCACCGUCGGCAUAGACUUCAGGAACAAGGUGGUGACAGUAGAUGGUGCCAGGGUAAAGCUUCAGAUCUGGGACACUGCAGGACAGGAGCGCUUCCGCAGUGUGACACAUGCUUAUUACCGAGAUGCUCAGGCCUUGCUCCUGCUGUAUGACAUCACCAACAAAUCUUCCUUUGACAACAUCAGGGCCUGGCUCACGGAGAUCCAUGAGUACGCCCAGAGAGAUGUCGUAGUCAUGCUGCUAGGGAACAAGGCAGAUGUAAGCAGUGAAAGGGUGAUCCGUUCUGAGGAUGGAGAGACGCUGGCCAGGGAGUACGGUGUUCCCUUCAUGGAGACCAGUGCCAAGACUGGCAUGAAUGUGGAGCUGGCCUUUCUGGCAAUUGCCAAGGAACUGAAAUACCGUGCAGGCAGGCAGCCUGAUGAGCCCAGCUUCCAGAUCCGAGACUAUGUGGAGUCCCAGAAGAAGCGCCCCAGCUGCUGCUCCUUUGUGUGACUCCCAGGGGGCUAAGAGGAGGAGCAGAGACCCUUGGGAAUGCAGUUAUUCUAACUGCUGAGCCAAUUAGGAGAGAGCUGGGAUUCCGUGGGAAGCCCUGGCCAGGGAAGUAACUGCCACCCUAGUUUCUCUAGCUUCCCUGUGUCAUGGAAAGGGUAAAAUAACCAUACUUUAUCUUAGUAUAUAUAAACUAAAACCAAAAAAUGCACCAGUGUGCCACCCCCACCCCCCAAAAAAAAACAAAAUAGGUAGAGACUUGGUCCUUUUGCCAUCUGGGACUAGGUUCUAAAAGGCUGGGCCUCCCUCCUAGAAAGGGUGUCAUGGCACCAGGGGACACUGAAGCAGUGCUAGGGUGUGGGAGCUGCUUUUAACAGUUCUCACUAGGGAGGCUAAGGGGACCCCAGUCUUCUCUUCCUCCAGCUCCCCAAGAGAGCCUUUCCCAACAGGAAGGGGCUUAGUGCUGGGAGCUAGCCCAAAUCCUCAGGAAAGGUAAAUGUGGAAAUGGGUGUGUGUGUGUGUGUAAGAAUAGCAGUUCCUUGGGUGGGGUCUGCUCAGUUACCUCUGGCCUUCCUCACCCACCUUCUGGAAGUGUGCCCCUUUUUCUCUACCACACAAGCACAGUGGGGCACCCAAAAACAUUACUUUCAAUUCUCUAGACCUCACUUCCGAGGGGAUGUCCACCAUCCCAUGGAAUCUCUCUCAUCAGCCUUCUGCCUGGGUUCCUAGACCCCAGAGGUCAGAGCCAAGAAAAAAAAAACCAAAACCUUUCCUUCCUUCCCAAUCCUGUGACAAGGUGUACAGCACCACAGCUAUUUAAGGCAGAGGGAAGAGCCAGAUAAAGAACUCACUGGCUGGUAAAAUGAGUGCGAGGCAGAACUGAACAACCCCAUAGUCCAGUUUUCCCCACUAAUCCCCAGCUCUCUGUCUCUUUCCUGCUCCUUCCUUUAACUUCAGACCAAUACUAGGGCCAAAACUGUUUCAUCUCCUCCUCUUCCACUAAAUCAGGAAAAAAGGGUGUGGGAAGUUGUCCAUUUCUGGGUGAGCCAAUGUAAUAUGUACAAAACAAAGCACUUUGGUCCAUUUUGGGUAUGGAGAAGGGCAAGCAGCAAGGAGGUCCUAUAGGCCCAAGGCCAUGCAUCUCCCAAAGCCCUGACCUCACCCUUAGAAGGACUCUGGAGGUGUGUAGAUCCAUGACCCGCAGGCAGGCAACUUUACUGCUGUUCUGUAGGCUGGGCAGAGACUGGGACUCCAAGAAAGUAUGCAUAGCACAUUUAUGAGGUUACUGCAUUUGCUUUCAAGGCAAAAUCUUGCUCUCUGAACAGAGUCAGCACUCUUAACUUGGGUUGAUAAGGAAGGUCUCUGUGACCUCUCACAGGCAGAUAGAGGAGGAGCCUGGGCUUGCCUGUUCUCUUCUGGGACUCUGAGCAGGUUGCAGGAACUCCAUUUGUGUUUUUCAGAAUUAAAUUGCAGUAUUUUGGCAAGUA